GCCAAGCUAGUUUUUAGUCUUAAGAGCCCCUUUUCCCCCCAUUUUUUUCUUCUCUCUUGGAAGAAGAAGAUGAUUGAAGACUCAAUAAUUUCUUCAAUUAGAUCCUCUUGUUUUGCUUUCAUUCCAAACCUGUUGAUAAGAGAAAGCUGAUUCCUGCUUUGCUUAUCUGUAGGACCCCUGGGGAAGCUGCUGGUGGGUACUUCCUUUUCAAUUUCCAAAUGAUGAAUAUUCUUUACAAGUUGAUAGUUUUUACAGGCAAUUCAAUACCAAUUUCUAUGGUUCAUCGGCUGUUGUGAUUCUAAUUGAUGUAAGAGGGAUUCAGUGAGGAUUAAGCUCCUCAAUCAUGGAGGAUCUUUGUGAAACACAAGAAAAUGGUAAAGUAGCAGAUGGCAACCUUCAGAUUAUUCGGCACUCACUGUUCCAACCCUGUGCCGGAUUAUCAUCAAUUUGGUUUGAUUUGAGAGUCUUCUAUGUUAGAGUCAGCAAUUUUCAAGUUGAUGAUUCGACUCCGGAGUUUCUAACUCUCAAUCAUAUCCCCUUAGAACCUGACACCCUUUUGGAAGUUAAUGGAAUUAGACGCAGCAUAGACUCUGAUGAAGUAUCUGUACUCCUUAGAAGGGAUCGUGUAGACAGAAGAUCAGAAGAAGUCACCUUUGUGAGUACAGAUAAUGUUAAGUUGACAGGAAGUGUGAAAUUCGAGGUGUUUGAUAAAAAGGAUCUCAUUCUCUCUGGUCUUCUGGAAAUGUCUGGUAAUAAUGGCUUCAUCGGGGAAUCAAAAAAUAUUGUGAAACAAUGGAGUAUGAAUUGUGAUCCAGAGAUCACAUCUGGCAGUGUUUUCCUGAAGGGAAAGCUUAAUUCUUGUCCCAUAUUAUCUCCACCGACCAUUGAGGUUCAUGUUGCUGGUUGCUUCUCUGGAAAACCAAUAAUUUUAACCAAAACAUUGCAACUUAAUUACCGGAAGAAGCAUAAUCGCAAGGGAGCAUUGGAAGCAAUCCCAGAAUAUAAGAGCACCGAGUGCCAGAAAGAUAUGUCACCUGGAUAUAUGCAGUUAUCAGAAUACAGAAACUACAAACAAUUGAAUGAUGAAGACUACAACAAUAUCUUCUGGAGAAGAACAGAGUACAUGGAUAAUGAAGACGGUGAGCUCUCAUGGUUCAAUGCAGGUGUAAGGGCCGGCGUAGGGAUCGGUCUUGGCGUUGGUAUAGGAGUUGGCUUGUUGGUUCGCACUUAUCAAGCAACCACCCGUACCUUGAAAAGGUCAAUUAUCUAAAACCUUGCAUCUAAAUUGGUAUUACAGUCCCCUCCCUUGAGAUCCAAAGCCAUAUAUACCACCAUCUUGUUUAUGACAGAUUUUGCGCAGAUUUGCAGCUAGUUUGUUAGAUAGUUUAAACAUAGGGGAAGUAAAUGUGUAGGCAUACAUGUUGAAUACUGUAUGACUUGUAUUUCCCUGUAAAUAACUAUGUUUUUGAGUAAACUGGUGUGUGCGUUCAGAAAAGCAUUAGUCCUAUUUCGCA